AUGCGUCUGACAGUGGCCGUGGUGACGCUGCUGGCGGCGGCCGCCGCCUUUGACGUGGAGGACCUGCCUCCGAUCGACACCAUAGCGGACCAAAUCAACUCCGGCCAGGUGCCAGCCGAGCGUGUGGCGGAGAUGGCGCGCGACGGCCAGGUACCGAUCGAGUACAUGAUGGAUGUCAAGCACAGCCUGACGCCCGAGGCCAAGCGGCGCGAGGCCGGCGACGACGAAUACGAGUACUACGAGGAGGAGCCGGAGGAGCCGGAGCUGGAGCCGGAGUCGGAGCCAGAGCCGGAGCAACCUGAAGUGGAGCCGAGCCGGGGCGAGCCGGCCACCUAUCUGGAGCCGGAGGAGGCACCGGCCGAACCCCGGCUGCGGGCUGGCCAAGCGACGGCCGGAGAUGGCCGCCUUCGGGAGGACGGCACCGGCGGCGGCGGCGGCGGCAGUUCCGACGGUGGCGUCAUUCCUGUGCCCCGUCCGGGUGAUGUCAUCGAUGACGUCAGCGCGCUGAGGAUCCUCGGCUUCUACUCCAGACAGGAGUCGCAGGUGUGCACCGGACGCUUCCAGAAUCUGUACAACUUCUACACAGCCGACCGGACGCUGGGACCCACCAAGGUGGAUGCCGAGGUCGAAUACCUCAGGCUGUGGCGUGAAUUCGCCACAAACGCCACCAACCUGGACUUGUCUUCGCUCGACCGAACUGACCUGGUGGAGCUGUUCAUGGUGCUCAAGCAUGGCGGAGUUUCGAUGCUGAGCGACCAAGAUCUGCGUGAACUGGUGACAGCCAUGACCAACUUGGAGACAACCUUCGCCGGAGCCAAGAUUUGCGACUACUUUGAGAAGAGCCGCUGUAAUCUGAAUCUGUACAAGGACGUGCGUGUGAAGCUGGCCUCUUCCACGAACCGCAACGAGCUCCUCCACUAUUGGGUCACGUGGCGCAACCAGCUGUCGCGCAACUCGCCCCGGCUCUACGGCACCUACGUCCGCCUGCUGGACGCGGCCGCCAAGCUGCACAAUUCCAAAUCGAACGCCUGGGACCUGGUCAUGUACCCGUAUGCGCACGGAAACAUGCGUGACCUGCUCAGCCAGCUGGAGCGCAUCUGGGAGAAGGAGAUCUCGCCCAUGUACUGGCAGUUGCACACGUACGCGCGGUACCGACUGCGCGAGCGGUAUGGUUCCGAUGCGGUACCAGAGCGCGGCGCGAUCCCGGCGCACCUGCUGGGCAGCCUGGAGGCGGACGACUGGAGCCCGCUGGAGCACCUGCUGCAGCCCGUCGCCAACGCCAGCCGGCUCGACUUCCACCGGCGCUGCAUGGACCACAACGUCGAGGUGCGUGACCUGAGGAGGGCGACCGGCAUCCUGUACACGCGACUCGGUCUGAACGGCACCCUGAUUGAUGACGCCAUGUACUCGAAGCUGAACGUGGCUGCACCUGGCAGCGACAGCGUGCUCUUCCUGCCGCGUGUUUUGGAUCGCUGCUACUCGACUUACCGCAAGCAGAUAGCCAUAGCGAUCUACCCCACCAACACCACUCUGUCCGACUACAUCGAGUUGGUGGAGCUGUCUGGCACCGUGCACAAGUUCAACGAGCGCGCCCAGUCAAUGUUCGCCGACAACUUCGGCUUCCCAUACAAGGACAGAGAGGGCUUCCGCGGCUACGGGCUGGACCUGGCCAUCGGCGGCGCUCGUGCGCUGGCCGCCAUAUCGCCGCGGGGUCUCAGCAGUAUGCUCGGCUUCCAGUCACUGAGCGACAACAACGGCACGCAGCUCAACCUCCAGAUGGCCCACAUGCUCAAGCUGCUGCCGCGGAUCGCCGCCUCCAUGGCGGCCCUGCGCUGGCAGGCGGAUGUCAUGACUGGAUCGGUCCCCGAGUCGGAGUACAACAACAAAUGGUGGGAGUACAAGAAGGUGUACCAGGGCGUCUCGCCGCCCGAGGCCAGGGACGAGACGCACUUUGACGCCUUCGCGGACGGCACCCUGACGCUGCCCAGCUACCACAUCAGGCGGCUGGUCGGCGGUCUGGCCAUGUUCAGCGUGCACAAGUACCACUGCCGGAUGUAUGGUGACGUGAACGAGCCGCUGUCCCAAUGCGCCAUUCUCGAUAACCUGCAGCUGGGGGUCAACAUCAGGAAUGUGCUAGUGAAGGGAAACUCGAAGCCGUUCGGGGACCAGCUGAUGCAGCUGACGGGCCAGGCCCAGCUGUCCGGCCAGGCCAUGGUGGAGCAGCUGCAGCCCGUCACCGAGUGGCUGGUGCAGUUCAACAAUGCCACGGACCCAAGCCGCCGGGACGGCGAGAACAACCAGACAAUCGCCAUCAUCGUGGGCGUCGUGAUCGCCGUCAUCAUCCUCGGCCUGGUCGUCUUCUUCAUCGUGGCCAGGAGACGGCAGACCAACAAGGAGUACAAGAGCGCGCCGACAAGGGAAGUCAAUACACCACAGGAGGCGUAAGGUGUCUCCGCCGCGGAGCCGGACCUACCGGCGCCCGGCGGUAGGUCCGUAGGAUCAGCCGGACCUACCGGCGCCCGGCGACCAGCUGUCAGCAGAUCCGGGCAGAUCCGAACCGCCGCCGACAGAUCCGGACCGCCGCCAGCGGAACGGGCUGCCGCUGUCGGCAGAUCCGGACCGCUGUCAACAGAUCAAGAUUGCCGACAAGCCGGGACAUCCACAGUCGUCAAACGGCCACCGCCACCAGAGCGAGACGGCAAGCCACUCGGCCUGUGUGCUGCCCCGGGGCUGACAGGCCAGCCCUCUGGCGGCUCGUCAAACGCGAGCAAACUAGAUUAGCCUUGCAGUUAAUUUCACAGGUACAAUCCGACGCUAGUUUAAAUGAGCGUGCACGUGUUUAGUUAUUAGGAAGAAUAGUUGCUUCACCUGUCACGUGUGGUGCUUGCUGCAUGUAUGUGCUUUUGUAGAAUAUGCUCUGUUAUAUCUAAGCUAUGUAGCAAAAUACGCUUCCUUCCCGUAAUAAUAAUUUCAUAUCCUCGAAGACGAUACUAUUUGGUGUACUCGGACAUAGUUAGGAAACAUAUCGCUGUUUCCGCGACACGCAUGCCGUAUUUUUGCCAAAGCAAUUUCAGACUGACGAUGGCAUCUUGUUUCAGCUAUCACACAAAUGUGCCGAAAUGUUCCGCAAAAUUGCCGUGUGUGUGUCGAAGAUUUUUCACUGCAAGUUGUUUAGCUAUAAUAACACCAUGCAAUUACUAAGAACACGUUCCGUAUGCUUCUAAUCAUUUUUCUACGUUAUAGUAUGAAGUGCGUCACUGUAUAAAUAGCAUCGAAGCGUCUUACGGCUUUUAGAAAAAUGAAAUAAAUGUUGUCCUACUCUG